AACUGACACAAACUUAAACGCAGAGCCGGACUGGUGUGAGUUGGAGGCUCAGGCUCAGCAUCCUUCUCCUGCCCACCCCCCACCAGCCUACCUCUCCCCCCUCUCUCAUCCCUCCCCACGCGCCCUGAUGAUCGCUCCCCCCGUUGCCUCGCGCCGUCCUCGCACCUCUGACCGUUCCUCGCUUUAAACCGCUCGCGCGAACUAGACGUCACAGCAGCAGCAGCAAGUUGGGAGCGCGGAGUCCAUGUCAACUUUUUUCUCACUUUCAGGAUAACUUUAGUCCCGCGCGCUUCCUCGCCUCUCCAUUUCCCUCCCCUGCAAUUACCACCCCCUGCAUCACGUCAACUCCUCACCAGAGUGGUUUUACGCAGCAGGAAGGAUGUCCGAUCCCCUGAAACUGCGCAAUUAACCGCCAGUCCCUCUGCGCGCGCCUCCAGGUUUCCCGUCAGCUCGAGAGGGAGCUGCAGGACGAGUCGAUGAAGGCGCACCGGUGAAGUGACGCCUCCGUGCUGUGCGACAGCGCCGCGUUUCCUCCACCUCCCCCCCGGCCGUUACCUCCCUCUCCUUCCCCGRACCGGAACCAGCGCAGCGGCGGAACCCACUCCACUCCAGUCCGGGAGACAGUGAUCGGGCUUCGGCCUCAGGUACAUCUCUGAGGCGGGGCGACGCGGAGGUCCAGGUGUUGUGGAGGCAUGGACUGCAACUGCGUCAGUGAUCUGCUGCUCCCCCCUGUGCCUGCCCUCUGGACACCAGGGUUCGCCUUCCCGGACUGGGCCUACAAGCCCGAGUCGAGCCCGGGCUCCCGGCAGAUUCAGCUGUGGCAUUUCAUCCUGGAGCUGCUGCAGAAGGAGGAGUAUCAGGGCGUGAUCGCCUGGCAGGGAGACUACGGGGAGUUUGUCAUCAAGGACCCAGAUGAGGUGGCCCGACUGUGGGGGAUCAGGAAGUGCAAACCUCACAUGAACUACGACAAGCUGAGCAGGGCUCUGAGGUAUUACUACAACAAGCGGAUUUUGCACAAAACAAAAGGGAAGCGUUUCACCUACAAGUUUAACUUCAGCAAGGUGGUGCUGGUGAACUAUCCCAUCCUGGACAUGGCCAACUCUCCCUUCUUUCUGGCCCAGAACCACUUCAACGGGGGCUCCGCCACGCCGGACUGCAGCCCAGAGGCCAUACAGUCCCUGUUCCCUCGGUUACCAGAAACUGGCAGAGGAACAUCUCUGUUUGAUCGAAGCUCUGCAGCGCCGGGACCCGAAGGAGACAAACUGAGACUGGACACGUUCCCCUUCCUCAGUUCAGGUGCCCCGUGCUACACCAAGCCCCCGUCCCUGCUGGGCCCGUACCCUCGCAACCCACCCUUUGACUAUCCCUGGGGCUUCAACCCCUACCUCCCAGGGGCCUUCUCUCUCAACAACUGCCCCAAACUGCCCCCUGGCUCCCUCUACCCCUCCCAGUUUUACCCCAACCCUUUGCAGAGCAGCCUAUCCCAGCUGCCUCACCCCUUCUCCUCGCUGCUCCCCCCCGGGGACGCCGGGGCUGGGGAGAGGGGGCAAACCGGUGGCACAAACGGCACGGCGGGUGGUCAGCCAGCCCGACUCUGCCUGCCCCCCUAUCCAGGUGGCCUGAUGAUGGGACGGACAGAUCUCGGGAACGGGGCGACUCUGGGGGAGAGGGAGAGGGUGGAGGCCAAUCCCCCCAGCUCGGGCUUGAGUCUGGGGCUAGGAGCCGUCAGCCUCGGAGCUGGGACAGGGGCCGGCCAGCAGAGCCCCUCGGAGAGGAGAGGGGGCGUGAAGCAGGACCCKGAGUCGGACUCGGACCUGGAGAUAACGGACCUGAGCGACUGCAGCUCAGACAACGAGAACGAGCACGACUUCGGCAUCGCGAAGGAGUCCGGCCUGGUGGGCCGGCCGCAGCUCGUGCUGGAUGGAAAGAAGGGGAGCCUGCUGCCCCCCAUCUCCUCGCUCCCGCCACCGGUGUCCCCCCACCCCCUGAAGAGCCUGAUGCCCAUCACUCCUCCGCCCCCAUCCCUGCCUCCGUCGCUCUCCCCUUCCAUGGCUCUGCACGACAGACACAGGGAGGCAGAGACGCUGAAAAUGAUCCACAGCUAAGACUUGUUCUGAUGCGACCACCGGUCUGCGCUCCGACAACUUUCUUCUUCUCUCCUGAYGUUUCUGAUGCACCUUUUCUGCUUUAAAUGAUUUCAUUUUCACUCACUCAAGAUGAACAUGUUUCYCAAGAAAAGCACUUUUGCUUCUGAAACUACUGUUUUCCUGUUUGCUUGCCAACAUUUAAAUUGCAAGUGUCUCGUCCAGUUUGCAAUUUGUUGGAUAAUCAGUAUUUAAGGUGUCAGUUGUCUGUAGCACCAUACCCCCCCCCCACACACACACACACUUGUUUUUUUCAAGUUUCAAACUAAAUGUCUUCCCACACUUACCAACAGUAGUCUUUAAUUUGCUGUCAGCUCCUGAACUUAGAGAAAAUGCAACAAGGUGAUAAGUUACAAAAAAACAACAAAUAUAUUGAUGAACAUUAACAAACAUCUUCUAUAAUAGAAAAGAACAAAUGAMGUUCAGAUUGAUCUAAUUUCACACAUAUUUCCUGUAAUUCUUUCCAUGUAGAUUAUUUAAAUAACUUCAGAAAAACAGUUUUUGACAAAUUAUCAAAUACUGCCACCUAGUGGUUAUUUUWAUCAUUCCCUCAGUCAAUGACUCCUCAUAUUUGCCGUCUUCUAAAACUGCUUCUCCUGAGGAAAUUUUUUAAAAAGCUUUAUUUAUUAAAUAUUUGUUAGUUUUAUUAUGAAGCAUUCACGUUUUUUAUUAAUUUUAACUUAAUCAGUUUAUGUAUUUUUUAUGAUAUUUUCUAGAAGGAAAGAAAAAGAGAGCCAAGGGAGCUGGACCAAUUUUGAAUUUGUAUGGAUAUUUCUGUGUAUAUAUUUUAUUAUGGUGUACAUGACAUUUAAUUAUUAUUAUGUAUGAAAAGAUGAAGCUGUAUUGUUGUGAUUUAAUUCAGUAUUUAAACAUGUUGGGGGGGAUUUUAAAUCUAAGUGUAUCGGAUUUUAAAUUAUUAAUGGAAAACCAUCUGCACACUGAGAUUUUUUUUAAUUAUUAUGUGAACGAAGUUCAUUCUGAAAAUUGUUUUUGAUAAAAUCAAUCCUGAUUAGAUUUGCUCUUUAAUCAUUUUUAAACUGACGCCCAGUGAACAAACCUUUUGGUUUCUAAAACGAUGCUGAUAAACUUAUUUUUCUUGUCAGCGUUCAUCCAGUGGAACCAUACUGUAAUUAGUCAAAUGUGAAUAUUACCGGUUUUUGCAUUUUAAUUUUGAAAUCCUACCCUUAAGACUGGUUUUGAUUACUUUUGAAUCAAUGCAUUUCAUCACUCCUGCCAGCUGAAAAAAAAAAAAACCUAUUUGAUUUGUUGUGAUAUGUUUAAGAGUAGAGCGGGGUGGAGAUAUUUGGAAAUUUUAUUCUUUUAAAAAAAAUUCCCCACAAAUUAAAUGAGCCACAUUUUUCCACAGCCCACUGAGUGAACACUGUUGUGCAGUUUCCUGGCUUUGCAGCUUUUGGUUUGUUGAACGGUGGUGGUUUUUCUAAGGUUCACUUGUGAAAGCUCUAUUGUAAACUUAUUGUAAAACUCUAUGUUUGUUGAGUUGUUUACAGGAAAGCUCAGCCGUCACUCACAUGUGAAGUUUCCCCACUAAAGCUGUAAAUACUCCUUCCUUUUUCUCUAUGUGAGUGUACACAUCCAACACUGAAGAUGCAGUGAGUUUACCUGUCAUCUCACUUUAUUUUACUGUACAGAGGCAAAAUGGAAAGUGAAGAAAAGAUUAAUAUCUUCAGAAGCAAUAAAUAUUAUUCUGGA